AAACCAGCUCACAGCGAACACAGCAUUGACAGAAAAGGCAUUUAACGAGGUUUCACGGCAUUUUAAACUGUUCUAAAUGGCGUAUGAUUAUGUAAAUAGUCUUUCCAGUGAGGCUAGGUUAAGAUACAAGUUAAAAUGUUCUGUAGUUGGAUUAAACGAUUGCCCUUACCGCCUUCCAGCAGAUGCGUGGACUGAUAAUCCUACACAAUGGCCGGACAUGGAAUUUGGAAAUCUUUAUGUUUACCUCACAAGCGCACCAGCUGGCAAUGUUGAGCAGGGUGAACAACCUGAAGCUGAACCAGCUCAAGACCCAGGAAGUGAUCUUGGACAGCAGGAGGAGAAAAACUACCAUACAGCCUCUGUACAUCGAUGGGGGCUGUGUGGAAAGAGUCUCAUCCCUACGCUUCCUGGGAGUUCACCUGGAGGAGGACCUGUCCUGGAGGACCAACACCACGGCCAUCGUCAAGAGGGCACAGCAGAGGCUCUACUUCUUGAGAGUACUCAGGAAUCUCCACCUGAGACAGGAUCUACUGGUGUCCUCCUACCGCUGUUCUGUGGAGAGCAUCCUCACAUACUGCAUCUGCGUAUGGUUCUGCAGCUGCACAGCAGCAGAGAGGAAAGCUCUCCAGAGGGUCGUCAACUCGCCCCAAAAAAUCAUCGGGUGCCCCCUCCCCUCCCUGGAAGAACUGUACAACUCCCGCUGCCUGAAGAAGGCAGCCAACAUACUCAAGGACCCAUCCCACCCCGGCAACAGCCACUUCGAUCGGCUGCCUUCCGGCAGACGUUUCAGAACCAUGCGAACCCGCACAAAUAAACUCAAGAACAGUUUCUACAUCCGGGCCAUAACUGCACUAAACACAGCUGGAAUGUAACAAAAAAAUAAAAAUAUAAAAUAAAAACUCCGUCACGUGCAACAUGAGGAAGCUACCGGUCAAUCACGAUCCGGGACUGUGCAAUCAGUGAUUACACGCCAACUGGACAAUAUUUACCAUAUUUAUUUACAUAUUUAAUCCACAAUAAAAGCCUGCACAGCAUAGGAGGUAGGAAAUACUGACUCCCACCCCCCUCAGCACACUGGGAACCAGCAUUACUCCUCUCUAGUCAGUUUACUAGUCACUUUAUACUUUUUAUUGUCUCAUUUUUUUUUUUUACAUUGCCUCUUAGAGUGGUCUUAGGCCAUAUUGUAUAUUGCAUAUUGUGUAUAUUGUGUAGUUUCUGUAUAUUGUGUGGUUUCUUCUUUUUUUUAAAUGCAAAGCACAUCAGGGAAGCAACCUAAAUUUCGUUGGACCUGUAUCUGUACAUGCACAAUGAUA